AUGGUUCAAUUGGGAGUCUUACAAAAGAUGUUGCUGGAAGAAAAAAAAUUCUCAGGAAUGCAAAUUAUUGAUUUGGCCUCAAAUAACUUCUCUGGGAGCUUGAGUUCAAAAUGGUUUGACAUGCUACAAACAAUGAUGGCAAACUCUAGUGGUGAGGGUAAUGCUUUGGCAUCUGAUAGUAGUUUUCCUGGGGAUCAGUACUACUACUACCAAGAAAUUCUCACAUUUAAAGGGCAUGAACUGGCAUUUACCAAGAUCCUGACCACUUUCAAGAUGAUCGAUUUCUCAAACAACGCUUUUGAUGGGUCCAUCCCAAACUCAGUAGGGAAGCUUAUUGCUCUACAUAGCCUCAACAUGUCACAUAAUGCGUUCACUGGAGGAAUCCCAUCAAAGCUUGGUGACUUAGCUCAACUUGAGUCUCUGGACUUCUCUUGGAACAAGCUCUCAGGGGUGAUUCCACGGGAGCUAACCAUCCUAACAUAUCUCGCCGUGCUGAAUCUCUCCUGCAACAAUUUGACCGGAAUGAUACCAGAAGGGCCGCAGUUCUCAUCAUUCGCCAACAACUCAUUCGAAGGCAAUGAAGAACUGUGUGGGCGGCCACUUUCCAAACAGUGCAACAGUUCAGGUACGAGAACCCUCGACUCAUCAGUGUCUCCGCAAGACAAUGUUGGAACCAUAGUGUUGUUUGUGUUUGUGGGAUCCGGUAUCGAAGUUGGCUUUGCGGUGGCAGUUGUGUUGUCAGUGUUGGUUCAGGCCAAACGUUGGAACUGCAAUCGUUUCCUGUUCCACCAGUGAAAGAAAUGGUGUGAUCUGGGGUGUGUCGGUGUGUUUGUGUAUCAUAUAUUCAUAUGAGCUUGUACGAACCUACUUGUAUAAGGUUAUUAAUGCACCUUUUCACCUUUUCAUAUAUGAAUUGUAAAGU